CGGGCUGGAAGUAUAAGAUGAAGAGCUAGAGCUUAGAUAACAGGUAAAGAGAGAGAGAGAGAGAGAGAGGAGGGAGGGAAAGUGAGAGAGAGAGUGUGUGUGAGAGAAAGAGAGAGCGAGUGUGUGGGAGAGAAAGAGAGAGCGAGUGUGUGAGAGAGAAAGAGAGAGAGCGAGUGUGUGGGAGAGAAAGAGAGAGAGCGAGUGUGUGAGAGAAAGAAAGAGAGAGCGAGUGUGAAAAGGCGCCAGAGAGAGAGCGAGUGAGAGAAAGAAAGAGAGAGAGAGAAACUAACGUGAAGGAGCAAGUAGAGAAAGGCUAGCAUGGGGAAAGGUGGAGAACAAGGAGAAGAAGAGGGAGAAUGCGAGAAAAAACUAACCCAUUACACGUGGGAAGAGAUCCAGAAGCACAAUAGCAGGACGGACAAGUGGCUAGUGAUUGAUAGGAAGGUAUACAACAUCACCAACUGGGCUCUAAAACAUCCGGGAGGGAUACGGGUUAUCAGUCACUAUGCCGGAGAGGACGCCACGGAUGCAUUCCGGGCUUUCCAUCCAGACCUUACCUUUGUCCGUAAGUUUCUGAAACCUCUCCUUAUUGGCGAGUUAGCUCCAGGGGAGCCCAGCCAGGAUCGCCAGAAAAAGCGUGAGUUGAUUGACGAUUUUCGGGCAUUACGGAAGACAGCAGAGGAUAUGAAACUGUUUAACACAGACCUAGUGUUUUUCUCCCUCUACCUUGCUCACCUCUUUGUCUUGGAGGUUUUGGCCUGGUUUACUUUGUCAUAUUUUGGGACUGGCUGGAUUCCAACUCUCAUUGCUGCCUUAAUCCUGGCAACCUCACAGGCUCAAUCAGGCUGGCUUCAACAUGACUUUGGACAUCUGUCUGUAUUCCGGAAAACAAAAUGGAAUCACCUGCUACACAAAUUCUUGAUAGGUCACAUGAAGGGAGCAUCUGGAAACUGGUGGAAUCACCGACACUUCCAGCACCACGCUAAGCCCAACAUCUUUAAUAAGGACCCUGAUGUGAACAUGCUUAAAGUGUUUGUGCUGGGCAACAUUCAACCUGUGGAGUUUGGAAAAAAGAAGAUCAAGUAUUUGCCCUACAACCAUCAGCAUGAGUACUUUUUCCUCAUUGGCCCACCCCUACUAAUUCCAGUAUAUUUCUACAUUCAAAUAAUGAUGACUAUGAUUACCCGACGUGAUUGGGUGGACCUUGCCUGGGCAACAACGUACUACAUCCGCUAUUUCAACACCUACAUCCCUUUCUAUGGAUUUUUUGGUUCCAUCGUCUUCGUUCUUUUUGUUAGAUUCAUUGAAAGCCAUUGGUUUGUGUGGGUGACGCAGAUGAACCAUAUUCCAAUGGAGAUCGAUAAUGAAAAGCACAAGGACUGGCUCACUAUGCAGUUGGACUCCACGUGUAAUAUUGAACAAUCCUUCUUCAAUGACUGGUUCAGUGGUCAUCUCAACUUCCAGAUUGAGCACCAUCUUUUCCCCACGAUGCCUCGUCAUAACUACUACAAGAUUGCACCUUUAGUGAAAUCGUUGUGUGACAAACAUGGACUGAACUACCAGGUGAAGCCCUUGUCCCAGGGUUUCAAGGAUAUUAUAGGGUCCUUGAAGAAGUCUGGUGAUCUAUGGUUAGACGCUUACCUCCACAAAUGAGGCCACUCCAAGAAUUCUCGCUUCUCUCUCUUCUUGUCUUUCUUUGAAUUCCAAUAUGGCUUUGGAAUUCCAGUUUCCUUUCAGAGU